GGCGACGUGAGGGUGUCUGGAACAAUACUGGUAUUAAUGGUAUCCUAUUGCUCUGGUUCCAUCAUUUGUGACAAAGUGGAUGUGACAAAAGUAGAAGGGGACGUUAUUAGCGUUUGUUACAAUCAGGGUAGUAAAGAGAUCAAGUGUCCCAGAAAUGAAUCAGUGUUGGUCAAACACUUCUUGCAAAGAGUACCUGUAGGUAAGGACAGUGAUGACAGGGGUGGACGCUACAGAUCCUGUGAACAAAACUUCAAUGAUGAAUAUUAUGACGUUGGGGAAUGUUUAUUAAUAACGUCGGGUGUGCAUCAGAAGAGGGCUUAUCAGGCAGCGAUCACGGAGGUUUUGGAGGAGUGUAGUCAGAAGAGGUACUGUAUCCUGGAGAGUGACACGAGUUCCUCUGUCCAUGGUCUGAAGGACCUCCCAGUAGGAGAGAGAAAGAAACGCCCGUCACAUCUCGUUGUAUUGCAUCAGUGUGUUAAAGAGCAAGUUGCCAGUGUCUUGUUGUGUGACAGAAAGACCGAAACGGGUAAGGAGGUCUACAUCAGCAGCAACCGACUGAAGAUGUCAUCUCGGGAAACAAGCACCUGCACCUGUACAGUCACUGGAGCUGCGAGCCACGUCACCUUGCUGGAUGUCAGACUGGGCAACAGCAACGUGACCACACUGUCCAUCAGGGACAAGACACGUACAGUGUACACAAUCCAGGGUGGCGACCUGGCAGUCCACUUCAUGAAGGAGAUUAACAUCAGCCAAUCAGAGUGGAGUUUACAGGUGGAUGUUAUCCGAGACUAUCUCCCUGACAAGAUAUGGAUGAGACUGGAAGGACACAACGGCUCUGACGUUACAGUCACAUGUAAGGAAUCAGAGACUCGUGACACACAUGUGGCGCCACGAUCUUCGUCAGGUGAACGUCACACCCAGAUUGUGUUUGUGUGCGUUGGCUUUGUCACAGGGUUUGUCUCUGUUGGUUUCAUCAUGGCUAUUUGUGUUAAAAGGAGGUCAGGACACGCGGGCUCCACGUCUAACGAAGGAGGCGAUAAGGGCGUGGUCUACUACUCUCAACCGGAUGAGUCACGUGUCCAGCAGCCAAUCGGAUCACCAGAAGGAGAUGCUGCUGAACCUCACUACCACAUGCCGGAUGACCCACGUGACCAGGGAGCAGCAGGAUGCAAUGAUUACUACCUAGUGCCUGUUCACCGACAGACACGAUAAACCAGCCUCGCCAGCCUUGCUGAAAUAGUGUCAAUGCUUCUUGCUUUGUUUAUUGCACUAUUAUUAAGGAGACUGUAUUUUACAGACCAUUUUGCAUCUUGUACUGUAGAUAUCGUUGGUGACAACACCUGACAUUAACAUUGAUAGCGUCAUAUGAUGGAAUGUGGAACUCCUCAUCCAUGUCAUUUGUAACGUUUACUUUUUGACGUGGUGACCAUUUUGUGACAUUUAUAUUGUAUGGUGAUGUCAAAUGGGGUUUAACGUCGCGUUCAAGAUUAUGUUUACUUCAAUUAUAGACGUGCAUGCUUUGUUUGUUUGUUUGUUGUUAAACGCCGAACUCCGCAAUAUUCCAGCUGUAUGAGGUCGGUCUGUAAAUAAUCGAGUAUGGACCGGAUAAUCAAGUGAUUGACAUCAUGG